AUUCGUCCGUGGACCAGGAUGUCACAAGGCGCUAAGUUUUAACCAUAAGUGUUAAAUGAUAUGACACAUUAUCUUCGGGCAAGGUUCUCGCCGUGGAUAACUUUUAAACACGAGGAGAGGAUUAAAGACGACUAGGCUGAUUUUUUUUUUACUCUGCCUGAAAAUCCCGCGAGAGGCUACCGGGACGGCCUUUGAACGCGAUGGUGUUUGUGUAAGGUUCAGCUAGCAUGCUAAGCUAAGUGCUAGCCCAGAGCUAAGUUGAUGUUGGAGCGAUUGAAAGCGAACUCCUGUGGACAUGGCAGCGGGAACGGGCGGAUCUUUGGAAGCCUCACUGGACAAGAGGUUCAGGGGUCUGACCAACACCAUGGACUCCAUCCAGGGACUGUCGGCGUGGUGCAUAGACAACAAGAAGUACCACAGCCUCAUUGUGCGCCAGUGGAUAAAGUGUUUGAAGAAAUCUAACCCCUCCCACAGACUGAACCUGCUGUACCUCGCCAACGACGUCAUUCAGAACUGCAAAAGGAAGAACGCCAUCAAUUACCGCACGGCGUUCGCUGAGGUGCUGCCAGACGCCUUCCAGCUGGUCAAACUUGACGGUGAACUCAAGACGAUUAAAUCUGUGGAGAGGAUUCUGUCCAUCUGGGAGGAGAGGGAUGUGUAUUCGGGGACGCUCGUUACUGAUCUCAGGAAUAUCCUGGCUAAAGAAGAGUCCCCUCCCGAGACACCCGUGGAGCAAAAAACUCCGCUUGAGUCUAAAGCUGAUCUGCAAUCCAAGGUUGUUGCUGAGUUUGUGCCUCAGGCUUUUCUAGACCAGCUCACCAAGUACAAGAGAUCCCUAGAAGAGGUUGACCUCAGAGAAAAACAGCUGGCCGCCAUGAGGGUCGACAUCUUCAGCUCCGACGCUCUCCGGAAGCUCAAAGAUAAAGCAGGAGGAAAGAAGUUCUCCAGAGACUUUGAGGAGGGAAGCGCUCAGCUGCAGGAGUUCGUCCGAUUUUUUGAGAAACAAAGCAGAGCGGGCCCUGCGCUGCUAGAGGCUCUUGGGAAUGCAGACAUCUUCUACGAGAUGCAGUACAAAGAGGUCAAGAUUGUCGCCAACGCCUACCAAACGUUCGCUAACCGGGUUUCCCACCUCAAGCGUAAGCUGGACGCCCUGAAGGCGACCUUACCAGAUCUGGACGAGUCCCCCAUCCCCUCGCCUACUGCAGACGCUCCCUCUCCGACGGGCUCAGAGUCUCCUUUCCACGGCCUGGAGCUGGCGCACCCUGAUCCAGACCUCGACGGCUCGGCUAUGGAUGACGACGCGGAGCCGCCGGCCCCGAGUCCUCUGUCCUCACCCGGAGCGUCCCCGAAACCAGCAGAGGUCAUCGGCGAGGACGACAACCGGGAAGUGGAGGACAUGGAGCUCUCUGAGGACGAAAUGGAAGGCGGCGGCAUCAUAGUUGCGCCGCAGAAUGACUCCGUCCCCCAGCCAGCGGCGUCCGCUCCAAUCCCUGCAAAGAGUGAGCCGUCGGUACCGACAGAGCCGCUUAUACCGCAGGUCAAACCACCUGCAGCUGUUUCUGCAGCCGUUCCCUCAGAGGUUCCUGCAAACGUUCCUGCAAACGUUCCUGCAAACGUUCCUGCAAACGUUCCUGCUGCCGUUCCUGGAUCCCUCCGCACAACUGUCCCUUCGGCCACUCCUCUGUUCAUUUCCUCGGCGGCUCUCGCAGAGGUUUCCACAAGCAUCCUUCCAUCUAUUCCUGCAUCUGCUCCUGCAGCUCCUCCUGCAGCUCCCCUUGCAGCUCUUCCUGCAGCUCUUCCUGCAGGUCUUUCUGCAGCUGCCUUGGAAAGUGUUGAUAUGGGUAAAAUUGGCUCCAUCCUCAACAGCUUGAGUCCAGUCAUAAAGACUACAGCAGCAGUAGAAGAUCGUCCCGCAGCUCCGCCGAUGAUGCCCAAACCCACCGCCCCUCUCAUCCCACAGGACGCCACUUCGCUGGUGAACAUCCUCUCCAAGGUGGACGUGAGUCCUGCAGACCUGCUCAGCGCUCUGUCCAAAGUCCAGAGCCAAACCCAGAGCCUAAAGGGCAUCACUCCUCUCCUGUCCUCAAAUAUUGUCCCAGACCCCUUCACUCCAGGCAAGAUUACUUCCUCUCCCUCACUGUCGUCUGCAGAAUCCUCCCAGAGCACGACUCUCCCUUUUCCAGCACCCGCGCCAAACUCUGCGGCGCAGCAGACCUCUCAGGCAGCCCCCAAAACCGCAAACAAAGCCUCCGCACUCGUCCAAGCGCUGCACAGAAACAUGGAUCUAAGUGCCGAUCCCGAGCCGUCCGUUUCCUCUUCGAGCUUGGAGUCCAAAAUCCACAAGUUCCUGCAGGGGAACCCAGCGUUCAGUGCUUUCGACCAGAGCUUUCCGACAAACCCGGCCGUGGGAGGGGAGGGUCUUAGCCCGGUGGCUGCCACAGACAACCAGGAGGGAACCCCGGUCAGGGACGAGGGAGGAGGGACCCCGACUCAAGAUGAGAUCAUGGACAAGCCGGUGGCGGUCCCGUUCGCUGCCGGCAAGAACCGGUCGUCUGUCGACGAAGCGGCCAAGGCUGCUGUAGCAUUUGAGCGUAGCAUGCAGAAGAACCCCAACGACCCGCAGCAUCCCGCUCACCCGCUGCCGGGCUUGGCUCAGAACGGGCAGGUCUUCCAGCCGUUCCUGUUUGGGAAACAGAAGAUGUUAGAGGGUGGGAUUCCUGCACCGGGCGAACAUUAUCAGCAUGUCGCCAUGCGUCCGGGAGGGCCCGCCUUCGGAGAGGGCGUCCCGGGCAGCGCCGGCGGCUCACAGACACUGGAGGGCUUUCCGCGGGCAAACGAGCAGAGUUGGUUUGGUGACGCUCGCCCCGAGGGGAGCUCCCAGCAGCCUGGCGGCUACAACAUGCUGGGGCCGGGAGUUCGAGAGAACAACACAGCAGGACUGUAUCCCUACCAGACGGAGCAAACCCAGGAGUUUGUCUCCCAGCAGCAGGUCCCUCCUGCAGCAUCCUCUUUCUUCAGAGGCUCGCUUCCUCCUGUACCAAAGCUGCCGCCGCCUCCUCCUGCUUUUGAUCCCCUGGUGACGUCCCCCGUUAGCGGUCCGAUGAACCCCCCGCAGCGGGAGCCUGUGCACAACACAGCCGGCGGGGGCGGGGGAGGAAGAGGCGACAGUCUUGGCGGCAGCGGCGGCGGCAUGGUGGUUCAUGACCAUCAGCAUACGUCGUUGCGUCAUCCCGACGGCCCGUUCCACGACCAGCAGCGCCCGCAGGAACCUCAGGAGUUUCACCCCCACCCGGACGAAAUGCGUUACCACGACGACCCCGGACAGGCAGACGCCCCGUUCCGCUACGAAGAGCCCUACUACAGGCCCGAGGAGCCGUAUUUCAGACCGGGGAGUCCUCCUCAUCCCUACCCUAGAGGCAGAGGCCGCCUCUCCCCCCCGCUCUCGCCCUCAGUGGACCCUUGGUUUGCCCACGAGCAGCACAAUCCCCCUCCUCCUCGUCAGUACGCGCCGAGGCGGCCGCCCCCUCCUCGUCACGAAAUACGCCACCCGGGCCAGCGGGGCCCCCCGCCUCGGCCCCCGCUCCUAGCUCGCCAUCCGCCCCCCAGAGGCCCGCCUCGCCCGCCUUUCCCUCGUUUCAACGGGCCCGACCCGAGGUUCAGAGGGAAACGGCCGGGACCGAGGGGAGGGGGUCCAAUGUUCCCCCCGAAAAGACCCUUCCCGCCCCCGCGGUACUGACAGCUCCGUCUGGAGUUCAGGGGGGACAAAUACCGGCUAGACAGGCGUGUUCAAGUCCACGCUCUGUUGAAGCUGCGCAGAUCCCAGUGGGCAUCGGGGGGGGGGGGGACUUUUAUUCAGACAUGGAAGCUAAUAAACAGACGGAAAGAUUCGGAGGCGAAGAAGACGAAGGAAAAACCGGCAAGAUGCGUAAAGAUCCCGGAGGCUCCGAGAAGGCUGCUGAGCUGCAGAGUGAAGACGGAAGAUUAAAGAAAAUCAGAGGUGGAGAUAUAUAUAUAUCUAUAUAUAAUUUCCUUUUGUGUUGUUUUUUUUUUGCUCCAGAAUGAGUCACUGCAUCAAAUGUUGUGAUGGAGCGUCAGUGUAAUAAAGGUCAGAUUGAAUCAGAGUUCAUGCACAGUCAGCUAGCUGUAGGUCAUCUCCUCGUGUUCCUGUUCCUCCGGUCCCAUCGCCAAAGUUUAUGUAGCCGACGGAUAGCUGAAAAUGUAGACACCGCAACGUUUCUGCUCUAAUUCAGUUUCCUGUCAAGCAGUUUUAACUGCUUAUACCUUCUAAAUCAGUAAUUUACUUGUAGUUUUUUUUUUUUGUGAGAUAUUAAUUUAAGUCCCACUUUGAUAAUUCUGUGUUUCUAGAACAUAUUAUGUUGCUUUUACCAACAACAUAAUUAGUUUUUUUCCCCAUUGUUCAUACCUGGGAAUGUCCUGUUUGUGAAGCCACGCUCGCCCAGCCAGCGCACCAAGACGUCUUCAGUCAUACUUUUACAUCUAAUUUAAGUUUUUCCCACAAGGAGAACGCCGCACAUCCAGAAAGGUGGAGUUGUCAGAUAUAUAUAGAUAUAUUUUUUCUUCUUCAGCGUGCAUCACCAACAGCCCUGAGGAGUCUAUAUCUGCAGGAGGUGAAGAUAUUAAGUUUUAUUUCGUUGUACUGACCAAUAAAAAUCUGAGUUUAAAA